AUGUCAGUUACUACAAAAAAGAAAUAUGUCGUAAAUGAAGCACUUCAACGUUAUCAAUUACCCGAUGAGAAACAUUAUAUUGUUAAGAUUAUUGCUCCUCGCGGAAAUAAUUUGCACGAAGUAGUAACUCCUAGUGGAUCGAUAUUUCUCGUCAGUAUGCCAACGAAAUUUCGUCAGACGAUUUUUAUUAAACGAGGUGAUUAUGUACUCGUAGAAGAUAUCGAAGAAGGCGAUAAAGUAAAAGCAGAAAUUGUGCAAAUUUUACUGAAAGAUAAUAUUAAAUAUAUUCGAUCACAAAAUUGUUGGCCCAAAGAAUUUCAAGUUGUUCAAGAAGCAGAACAUAAUGAUGUCGCACUAAAAGAUGACAUGAUGCCACCGUCUGAAAGUUCAGAAGACGAAGACGAAGAAGAAGCUACAAUCAAUCCAUCAGAAGAUAAACUCAUGCAACAGUUGUGA